AUUAAUGAGACUACGCGAGGCUUUGCCUCAAUUCAAAAACGCGUAUGCCUGAUUAAUGGCGCCUCCCGCACAACAGCGGCCGAAGCGCUGAAUAUUGAACUGCACUUACUCUCAAUUAAGCUUCAACUGCGUACUGGCGUGACCCGCGCCAUAUCUGAGAGCUUAAUUCGACAAUAUCCUGAGAGUGAGAUCAAGCUCGGCGGUUAUAUUCCCAUGGAGGUAAGUUUAAAAUCAAACCCGGGCUUAAUGGGUUCGACUACUGAUAAAUGCCUUUAUUAUUGCUGA